AUGUCUGUCUGGGACGCUUUCACGGGCAGGAAGUCCUCGAGGCAGCAAUCAGAAGCCUCCGGCCAACCUCAGUCUCCUUCUCCAUCGUCUGCGUCUUCAUCGUUUACACCCACCCAUUUCGAUCCCACGACCGCAACAGACGUAUCGUCUUUUCUCGGAAGCGCAUCUUUACCGGAUGCCUCGAAACUUCAUCCACUGGCCGGCCUAAAUCAACAGACCCUCGACUACCUCACACUAGACGAAUCGCAACUCUCAGACCUUCCCGGCUCCCGGUCAAUAUUACCAUCGCGCGGCUGGUCCGAUGACUUGUGCUACGGCACGGGAGUCGUCUAUCUCACAGCCUUGACUACCGGAGGCGCCUGGGGUCUGAUAGAGGGGUUGAACCGAACACCGGCAUCGGCACCUCCAAAGUUAAGAUUAAACAGCGUCUUGAACAGCAUCACCCGAAGAGGACCUUUUCUGGGCAACUCGGCCGGUGUGGUUGCUAUGGUUUACAAUGGGGUAAACUCAACCAUAGGAUACUAUCGCGGCAAGCAUGAUGCCACAAAUAGCAUCGUGGCAGGUGCUUUAAGCGGAGCCAUUUUCAAGAGUACCAGAGGUUUGAAACCGAUGUUGAUCUCGAGUGGUAUCGUGGGCACUAUUGCGGGAGCGUGGGCUUUGACUCGCAAAGUCGUUUUCGAACCCGGCGAACCCGCGGAGGCAAAAGAACAUAUUAUUGCUCCGACACACGCGAGCAUCUAA